UAAAGGGAUGGAAGGCGGUACGAAACGCACAAAAUCGCGGUUCGUCCAUCAUUCUUAUCCUCAACCUCAAAGGCGCACGAUAGCGUAGCGUCUCCCUUUUGUGCCUCCUGCGGCGAUUUAUCUUCGCCCAGCCUCGCCAAAACGAAUUUCCCCUCAAUUUUUAAUUGCGAAACCCUAUAUCUCUCAAGACGGCCUCCUCUCAUUCAGAUCCGAAAUCUUUGUCAAUAAGUAUUGGUCUUCAAGCUCUGAUUUUCUACCAUCGGUUCCGAUUUGACCUGCUUUACAGGAUUGGGGAUUCAAGUCCUGUGAGACCAGAAUCCAUAUUUCCUGCUUUUAUAUAGCAAUAUAUUAGAGCAAUGGGAGGGUAUGAAAAAGAUGAGUAUGAAAAUUGGGAUGAGUAUGAAGAAGAUGGAGAGGAGCAAGAAGAGGAAGAUGUAGAUGACGAUGGUUAUGAAAGAGUUCAUAAGCCAACCCAGGAGGAGUUGGAUUAUCUUGCCCUCAGGCAAAGGUUAAAAGAGUCUAUUCGAAAGCAGAUGAAGAAGGAUACAGGGACUGCAAACCCUGGCUCCCGUGACAAAGUUAAUUCAUCACGUAGAGACAACUAUGGUUCUUUCUUUGGGCCUUCACAGCCUGUUAUUGCUCAGAGGGUGAUCCAAGAAAGCAAGUCCCUCUUGGAGAAUCCAGAUCUAGCAGCAAGUAUAUGUAGAACUAGCCAUAAGGAGAAGAAGAGCUCUGUUACAGCUCCUGUCAGUUCAAAAUCUCAAACAAACCGUCCGCUAAGUGUUAAAACUGUGUUGAAGAAAAAAGUCGAAAUACUGAAAAAUACAAGAGACUAUUCGUUUUUGUUAUCGGAUGAUGCUGAGGUUCCAGCCUCCUCAAAAGUUCCACCCCCAAGAAAAGUGUCAGCCCCCAAGUCUGAUGCAAGAUCUGCCGAAUUAAUGCAAAGGAGCAGACCAAUGGGGAAUGGUCGUGCAAAAGAAGUCUUCAAUGGUCCUGAUGGCAGAAAGCCUAUGCUUCCAUGUAGCCAGAGCAAAUCUAAAGUUGGGAUGGAUAAGUCAGCUCAUACAAACAAGUCAUCCACAGAAUCUAGGAAACAGUUUGGUAACAAUAAUGGAAGUGGGCCUGGUCGGCCUCUUGGACCUAAAGUUCUGCCUUCUUACAAUUCUGUUCGUGCUACAGCAAAGUCGGCCCAACCUGCUGCAAAAAAAAAUAUUUCUGUUGUACGUAAACCAACAUCAUCACCACUCCAACCUGUUGCACGCAGACCUGUUCAAUUGAAUCCGCAAUCUGGCAAUAAUAGACCUACGUCUUUGCAUGGCCAGCCUUCAGCUUUGAGAAGACCUGUACAAAACGAUAAUUACGAGUCUAGCAAGCCUAAGGUUGCUAGUAGACAGUCAUUGCCUUCCUCUAAGGUUCAGUUGAAGAGGUCUCCUCAAAGUCACCCCAAACUUGGUCCUUUGCGAAAUGAACGGCCAAAGGCAAAACCUAAGAGGCAGUUUCCUGAUGAUGAUUCCGAGGGUGAACAGGCCAUAAAUAUGAUCAGACAAAUGUUUGGUUAUAAUCCCAAUAAGUUUCGAGAUGAUGAUGACACUGGUGACAUGGAGGCCAAUUUUGAUGAUAUUCUGAUGGAGGAGAAACGAAGUGCAAGAAUUGCCAGGCAGGAAGAUGAAGAACAGCUCCGCCUAAUUGAAGAAGAAGAAAGAAGGGAUAGGAUAUGGCAGGCAAAGAAGCGCAAGAUGAGCCAUUAAAGCCCAUCGUAGUAAAUGGACAUGGGGCGGAAUUUGUUAUGGUUUGGGUGCUGUUUGCUUUGGUGCUAAAUGCAUAGUUUUCUACUCUCUCCGUUCCAAUUAAGUUGAGUCAUUUCAUUUUUUUUUGACUAAAAACAAAACAUCCAAUCACUCUUACUUUUUUUUCCAUGACUUACUUUCCUUUCUCUAUAUCUUUCCUACUUUAUUUAUCUCUCCUAUUUUUUAACACAAUUUCUUAAUUUCCGUGCUAAAAAGUUUUGUAUCAACUUAGUUGGGAUUGAGGGAGUAUCUAACUAUACUGGACUUUUAUGUGACAAUAGUUAUCAUUUAGAUUUGGAUUCUUUAUUUCCUUUUUAUUCAACUGGCAAAUCCAUAAUUUUAUAAAAAAGUUGUCUGUUGUAAAUGUUGUAGUUAUGUUGUGUAGGUUAGGCGGAUUGGUAUUAAUCUGCUUUCAAAAGAGGAAGGAGCGAGGACGUAAUGGAUUGACUUUUUUUCUC